UACAAAAACAAAAUACAAAGCAGGGAAACUCUGCUUAAACCCUAAAUCCCCAAAAAUGGAGGUGCAAUCAAUCUGUCGCGGGAUUCCCACUUCAAAUUUGGUCUCCAACCACCGCAUACUCCCUCCUCAGAUCGUUUUCGCAGGCCACGCCGGGCGGAGGGAUGAAAAGCUCCACCGUAGCGGAAUUUCUUCCAAAUCAUAUUUGAACAGAGGAGCUAUUAAAUGUGUUUCAAAUUCUAGUCGGGAUGCGAAGUUGGAAUUCUCAGGAGGGGAUAGUUCUAAUGUUCCUGUUAAAAAAGUUGAUGGGGUGGAGCCUUUUCGGGGUAAAUCGGGUUCGAUUUCGUUCUACGGUUUGACACACCAGUUGGCAGAGGAAGGGAAAUUGAUUUCGGCCCCUUUUGAUGAAGAGAAGGGCUCGUUUAUUUGGUUUAUCGCCCCUGUUGCUUUGAUUUCAUCGUUGAUUCUUCCACAGUUCUUCAUUGGUAAUGCAGUUGAGGCCUUCUUGAAGGACGAGACUAUCAUAGAAAUUGUGACUUCAUUAUCGUACGAGGCUGUAUUUUAUGUGGGUCUUGCAAUAUUCCUGCUUGUAACUGAUAGAGUGCAAAGGCCCUAUCUGCAGUUCAGUCCAAAGAGAUGGGGUCUCAUUACCGGCCUAAGAGGAUACUUGACAUCUGCUUUCCUCACCACGGGAUUCAAAGUGAUGGCUCCUCUGUUUGCUGUUUAUGUAACCUGGCCAUUGCUUGGCUUUCCGGCCUUGAUUUCUGUCAUUCCCUUUCUAGUUGGCUGUGUUGCUCAACUUGCAUUUGAGACGGUUCUUGAAAAGCAUCAGUCAUCUUGCUGGCCUCUAGUUCCCAUUAUUUUCGAGGUUUAUCGACUAUAUCAGUUGACAAAAGCUACUUCCUUUAUCCAGAAUUUGAUGUUUGCCAUGAACGGUCUUCCUACAUCCCCCGAACUGCUAGAAAAAAGCGGUGCACUAUUUGCUAUGAUGGUAACCUUCCGAGUCGUCAGCCUAGUGUGCCUCUGGUCGCUGACGACAUUUCUUUUGAGGCUGUUUCCUUCCAGACCCGUUGCAGAGAAAUACUGAUGUUUUUAUCCAACGCUGUAUAUUGUGAUUCCGGGUUCUUUGCUCGUUUAAGUUGUGUGUAAUCAUAAAUUUGAUCGUCUUUGUACUUGAUUCCGGUUUAAUUAGAUUCUACCCUUGGACGAUCACAGUUACGGGUGUUUUCUCUA